AUGACUGGAUUUUCCGCAACACCUCGAAAGGAGGGGACAUGGACAAAGCUUGUGAUAUUUGUUGCGCUAUACAUGCUACUCCUCGAGUCUAUCUUGGAAUGGGUGCUCGUGCUCUACCUUUACGGUAAUGGCCAGGUUGACUCAAAGAUGACUCUGAGUGUUGUGCUUGGACUUGUCGCAUCUUUUCUCUCAGUGCCACUUGUCAGUCUCCAAAGCCUGGUUGCUUGGCAAUACAAUAACAUUGGUGGAUUUGGAACACAGAAAACCGUUCUGCAUAAUGUAUGCACAUAUGUGUUACGCUUGGACCUUCUACUUUGGUUAGCUACAAGUGUAGCAGGUCUAGUUGUUGCUGCACAGCAGGUGUACUGUCUCCCCGAAGGGACACAUGCAAGUUUCUGGAGAGUUGGUAUAAGCUGUGCCUUCCACCGAGCAUCUGUGAUCGUGUCGGUUGUUUCAAUGGUCACCGUGUGCACAAUGUACUGUGCGAGGCAGCUGUGCGAUCGACCAUACGAUGUAUCGCUUCUCGGUAUCUACAAGCGCCAAAUGGUUAACAGAGACGGUAGUAUCGUCUCUGGUAAUAGCUGGGAUAGCGAAGAAACCCUCAAAAACGAGAUUCUCUAUCUUUGCCGCCAACACGAUGGAAAUGGACCCGGGGAAUUCUGGUCUGCAGACCCAAUCGCCAACCGAGUCAACUGCCAUCCCAGCAUCCGGCAUCCUGCCCCCAUCCGUCUACGGCCUCAACUUCGAGUUAACACUGAUCCCGGUUCGACAUAUGGAGAGAUUAUGUCUGGAACGACGAUUUCGCCCGACACUCUACACCGUAUCUCGCCUGGAUCACAAAGCCAGGCUAGCGAGUUCUAUCCCAUCUCGUGCACGUCUACGACCAUGAGUUCACAGACAGCCAAUGAGUUACGCGCCCUUCUCUCUGAUGCGUCUGUCCCUCAACUCCCGGCCCUUCCUCAGGAAAACACCCACCAUAAAAGAGGAAAGUCAUCGUUGUCUUCUCUUAGACGUCUUCUUCCAAAGUCUUUCCCAUUAUCGCUUCCAUUAUCAUCGGAUCCUCAAAUCCAGGCCCUGGCAGACCCGAACGCCGCAUCUGACGUCGAAAAACAAGUCGUGACACCAAACAGCAUGCCCAAGGGAAUCCCCGAAUCCACAACCUACCAAGUCGUCGCAAACGGCAACACACCAAACGCAUCUUCAGCAUCCCUCCCCCAAAGCCCUGCCAACACGCUAUCCAAACCCAUGCCCGCACACCCAGAAGGCCACCACACCCGAACAAUGACAAUGAACUCCGCCGACGCCCCAGAAGUAGUCCCAACCCCAUCUUCCCCACCAAAGGUCCGCCGCUCCCAAACAGCCUACACCAUGCCCGCAGCCCGCUCAAUCCACCACCCACACCACCCAAACUUUAUCCCACGCCCCCCUUCCCUACCACGACCACGAGCAUACUCCCAGUCCCGCCGCCAUGCCCCGGGACCAAAAAUGCACCCAGACUCAACUCGAAAGACCGUGCAACAACAGAAAAACAUCAUCCACUACCCCGUCCGCAGCUCCUCCUACCACUUCGACCCAAACCACCUCCCACGCCACUCGCAGAGCCAGUACAACCUUCACCCAAACACCCACCCCGGGAGCCAGUAUGCACACCAAUCAUCCCGUUGGGCAAACCAGCGCCGCUACGGCUCAGCUCGCUCACUGCAAGCGCCCAUCCCCCGCCGCAACGACGUCGAGAUAAUCUACCCCAGCACGCGUCGUUCACGAAGCAGUACCCCUGGCGUCGCCAAUGGCCCGCUCAGCUGUAUCUUGGAGACGACGUCUGACCCGCAUGUGGUGGAUGGUCCGAGACCUCUUUCGACUGCUUGCUUGGAAUUGCCGUCUAAUUGUAUUGACCAGACGAAAUAUCGGGGUGCGAAUCGGACGAGUUUAGGUUUUUAUUGA